AACUCAGACUCAUAUGUUUGUCAACAAAGAGGCCCCCGUUAGUUCACUUCCGUUAGCUGUCGAAGAUGGCGGCGGUCCCUUUUUCUGUAUCUUUGCUGUCAACAUUCAGCAAAAGGUUCUUGCGACCGGAGCUUACUGCUCUUUGCUCUUACCACAAAAAGGUGGUGGACCAUUAUGAAAACCCGAGGAACGUUGGUUCUCUGGAUAAGAACAAGAGGAACGUGGGGACUGGGCUGGUCGGUGCCCCAGCCUGCGGGGAUGUUAUGAAACUUCAGAUCCAGGUGGAUGAAAACGGCAAGAUAGUGGAUGCAAAGUUCAAAACCUUUGGUUGCGGAUCAGCCAUCGCUUCCAGCUCUCUGGCUACAGAGUGGGUGAAGGGGAAGUCGAUUGAUGAAGCCCUCAAGAUUAGGAAUACUGACAUUGCCAAAGAACUCUGCCUUCCUCCUGUCAAGCUCCAUUGUUCUAUGCUUGCAGAAGACGCCAUCAAAGCAGCUCUAUCUGACUACAGACUGAAACAGGAGGAUAAGCAAUAGGAACCUGCCAAAGCCGGUGUUAAUACGCUGCUAUGUACCUGAUUAAAUAUUUGAUCGAUAUCAAACAUCCUCAGCAGAGCUGCAUGACGCUGAGGGACUCUGAGCCUUGUUUGCAGAUAGCAUUAUAAAACCUGUAGCUGCCUCUCGUUCAAGACGAUUCUUCAAUUUU